AUGGACAGUGCCGGUGAUGCCGAGGGUAACUUCACUGUUAUAGGCCUCGUCGCUGACGAGACAGCUCCUGGUGGCUGGAGUGCACGGCCGGUUGCCACAUUUCGAUACGCCAAUUCGUCAGAUCUACUACCGGAAUUGGUCGGCGGUCAUGAUAUAGCUUGGAUUGGCGGCAAGCCACCUGUAGCGGAGCCAGCUUGCGGUUUCAGCGGAUUGAAAUGUUCCCUGCCCCACGACCCCGGGGUGUUGUCAGCUGUGGCCGCUGUUACUGCAGCAGCGCUACUAGCUGCAGCUCUGUUAGUCCGCCACUACAGAUACGAGCAGAAACUAGCGUCAGUCUUGUGGAGGAUUGAGGCGAAAGACUUGACGUAUAUAUCAACCUGCAGUAAUGAUAAGGUCAGCAAAGUAUCUGAUGAUGAUGAUUCUUCACCUGUCUAUUUAUAGCACGUGCUUCGGAAGAUACGUUAAGCCGUUGGUCCCGGCUGCAUUUGCAGUCGUUAAUACCCUCCAAUCCACAUUGGGCCAAUGUGGAGGAUCAAUUCAUAGGAAAGGCCUGAGCCCCAACAGUGGAAAUCGAAAAGGGCUAACGAUGGUGAUGAUGUGUUAGGUAACCGAAAGUUUAAAAAAACGUAAAGAAGAUUAUAAAGACGUAAAGUUUCUAUCUUUUUUAUGUAGGCGGUAAUCCUAUGACUUAUGAAAUCCGAUCGUGAAAAUUCUUUUACCUACAGGAAGCAACAUCAUACGCGAGUAACAUAGGCUGUAAUUUACGCGAGCGAAGUCGGAGGGAAACACCUAGUAGAUGAUAUAAUAAGGUCCAUUCAACCUAUAAUAAGAAUAAGAAACAUUGAUCGAUCUCAAAAAAAUAAUAAAACAAAAACGUACAUUAAAAGAAAUAAUACACAACAACCUGCCACCAUACCCCACGAGAUAGAUACAAAACGAGCACACACUACGGUCGCGUUGUACAGGGGUAACAUCGUCGCUGUGAAAAGACUGAGAAAGAAGAGCAUAGACAUCACUAGGGCUAUAAAAAAGGAAUUAAAACAGAUACGUGAACUCCGGCACGAGAAUCUGACCGCUUUCGUUGGCGUAUGCGUGGAAAGCGGCGCCGCUUGCAUCGUAUCCGCUUACUGCUCCAGGGGAUCGUUGGCCAGGGUAUUGGCUGACAGGGAUCUGCACCUGGACGACAUGUUUGUGGCAAGUCUGGUCGCAGAUCUGCUCAGGGGACUGACUUAUUUACACGACUCGCCGCUAGUUGCACACGGGAAUUUGACAUCUAGCAAUUGUCUGGUCGAUAGUAGAUGGGUGUUGCAGAUCUGCGAUUAUGGAUUGCACAACCUAAAAAGUGGUUGUGCAGACGCUGAAGAUGCUUUACGGAUGGAAAAACGCAUGUUGUGGAGGGCACCGGAGUUCCUCAGAGACCCCAACCCACCACCCAGGGGAUCGCAGAAAGGGGAUGUCUACUCCUUCGGUAUCAUCCUAUAUGAAAUAUUAGGCAGAAAUGGCCCAUGGGGCGACACGAACUUGACAAACGCAGCAAGGCCAUCUGUGUUGGCGGUCCUCAACGCGUGCUGGAGUGAGAGACCAGACAGGAGGCCCGACUUGCGGCUGGUCAGACUCAGACUUAAAGAUAUGCACGCUGGCAUGAAGACGAAUAUAUUUGACAAUAUGCUGUCGAUGAUGGAAAAAUACGCAUCGAAUUUAGAGGAGCUUGUAGCUGCGAGGACUGAGCAAUUAGUGCAAGAGAAAAGGAGAACCGACGAUCUGCUUAACAGGAUGUUACCAAGAACUGUGGCAGAUGCUCUGAAGAGAGGCGAGCGUGUUCAGGCCGAGAGUUACGACUGUGUCUCCAUAUACUUCAGCGACAUCGUCGGCUUCACGCGAAUGGCUGCCACUAAUACUCCUAUGCAGGUGGAAACUAUAGGUGAUGCCUAUAUGGUCGUAGGAGGAAUCCAUAGUGGACAAUGCGCUGCUGGAGUGGUGGGUGUGAAAAUGCCUCGGUACUGCCUGUUCGGGGAUACAGUGAACACAGCUGCGCGCAUGGAGUCAAGUGGAGAGCCACAGAGGAUACACAUCAGCAACGACACUUACAAGCUGUUGAAACAGCAUGGGGGAUAUCGAUUCAAGGAGAGAGGCAUCAUCAAUAUAAAAGGCAAAGGAGAAAUGAAAACAUGGUGGCUUGUAGGUGAAGACCAUGAAAGACGAAACUGCGCGUAUAGAUCUCGAGCCAGCAGCGACAGAAUGAGCAACGGCGAAGAACCAUGGUGGAGUCCUCAAAGGUCGAUAAUGAAUAUUCGAGAAAGAGCUCGUCUCUCUUGUGGCGGAUCUUUAGGUCCAGGCUCGGCACUGUCCUCGCCUGGUCCACCAGCAUGCGCCUGCUUCGUCCCACCGAGAGAUCAUCACUCAGCCCCUGUCGUUUCUUUCUGCGACGACUGA